ACAAGAGAGAAAUACAGAGAAUUUCCUCCCAAAUAAUUCUUACAUGGUAUUGGAGCCAAAACCCUAGAGUUUUUCAGCGACUACUAUUCACGAUCGCCCGGCAUGGCGUCCAUCGAUGGUUGCUCAGUUUCAGUCAUUUGUUGUUGUUGCCGGACAAUGGAACGGUCGACCGUUGCUCUUGAACGGUCGAGCACGUCGACCGUCUCGUCGGCAGAUUGUGUGAUAGAUGCUGCUUUUGAUUCUUCUGCCACCGCCGUAUGCCACUCUGCUACCGCCAUGGCCGAUGAACAACCAAGGAAGAUGUUUUUCUCCCUAUCAUCGUGUGUUUCUAGUAUGAAGCUUUCAGGUGCAUCUCUUGAUACAGGAAGUACAAAUGAGGUUAGCUCUUAUGAUGAAGAUGAAGAAACACGGAUGGAAGAACAGAUGGACCGUUCCAGGAUGGACGGUGGACCAGAGGAUAGCGGUAGAGCGGACAGGCUACAGACGGUCGACCUGAUGGACCAUUCGGAUGUCCAUGGUCGACCGUCCAAGAGGUAGAAUGACGGGUUCCAGAGAGAUGACCAAACGGUCGACCUGGUGGACCGUUCUGAUAUCCACGGUCGACCGUCUGCAAGGCAGAAUGACGUUUC